ACCCGACCGGCGACCAUCCCGCGGCCCCGCCCCGCGCCUCGCUUGGCUAUAAACACCCGCCCCCUCUCACACCCCACCGGCCACCGCGGCACGGCAGCCGAAAGCCACCCGAAUUCACGCCCGAGCAAGCGAGCCAACGCCAAGGGGUGAGUUGAGUAGAGGAGGAUGAGCACCAUGGCCAUGGCAUCGUCGUCGCUGAACCCGAACGCGCCGCUCUUCAUCCCGGCGGCGUACCGGCAGGUGGAGGACUUCUCGCCCGAGUGGUGGGAGCUCGUCAAGACCACCGCCUGGUUCCGCGACCACUGGUUCCGCCAGCACCAGCUCCACGAGGAGGAGUACGCCGCCGCGCUCGCCCUCCCCGACGACGUCGACGUCGCGGCGCUCCUCCCCGACGACUCCUUCGACCUCCUCGACAUGGUCGACACCGACGACCUCUUCUACGCCCCCGACCACCACCACCACCAGAAACCAGCGUCCGUGUUCGGCGGUGACGCGGACGCGGUGCUCAGGACGCUGAGCCUCGACUCGCCGAGGGCCGUCGGCGCGGGGACGCCGCGUGCUCUGCGGGAGCAGCAGCGGAUGUACGCUGACAAGCCGUUGCAGUACGUCGGCGCCAACGGCGGCGCACUCCGCGUCAUCCACCAGCCCCGCUAGAGCCUUCUUGGCGAGCGACGAUGGCUGCUGCCGCUUCUGUGUAGUGUAACCUUCGAGUCUAGUCUGUUUCUGUGCAUACAACUAAAAGAGAGAGGGCAUGCAGAAUCAAAGGCGCCUAGUGCUCUCUUCGUUGCUUCUUGUGUUCAGUUCAGGUCGAUCGAUCUGUGUUAGAAAAAAAGCAAGCAAAAGAAAAAAACAUGGCGUGUUGUAGAAUCAUGUACUACUCCUCUCUUUGUUCAUGUUGGAUAUAAGAUGGCAAGCAGUCUAAUGUUAGAACUCUUCACCA